UUGUUUUGUCCUUUCGUAGAAUCUGUUUCCUGUUUAUUAUUUUUCAUGGAAAUUCGUCUAUCACACCACGUAUGUAGUAAUUAUCAUAGUACAUGUCUACGAAUGGUUAAUGUCAGAAAAGCUGAGCAUACUGGCUACCCAGAGCAAACUGGCUACAUCGGGCUCUAAAAAAGAGCGAUCAGUGAGUGAACUAACUCUCUAAUAUUGUGCUACAUUGAACCUAAACCCAUAGUCAUCAUGGAUACUCUCUACACUUAUAGAUUACUACCACCCACAUAUACCAACACGAAGGACCCUGAAUACAGUUAUAGACUAGUGAAGCUCGAACUUGUAGACUGCUGGCAAACUCCUGACCUGAACAUCAUCAUCAAACAAGAAGAGGAGGAGGAAGAGGAUAGCUUUCUACAAGUUAAAGAAGAAGAGGAGGAAGAGGAUAUUUCUCUGCAAGUUGAAGAAGAAGAGGAGGAAGAGGAUAUUUCUCUACAAGUUGAAGAAGAAGAGGAUGAGGAAGAUAAUAUCGCUCUACAUGUUAAAGAAGAAGAGGAGGAAGAGGAUAUCUCUCUACAAGUUAAAGAAGAAGAGGAAGAUCACACUUUCAUGGUCAAAGUAGAGGAAGAAGAGAAGGACAAAGCUCUUGUAGUUAAAGAAGAAGAAGAGGAGGGUGGUUUUACGGUCAAAAAAGAAGAAGAAGAAGCUAUAGAGGUUUUUAUUUUUUCUGAACAACAACAACAACAACAGACGCGACCAAAGAAACAGCCAAAACAGACCCAGGAACCCCAACACUCCCCUCUGUACUGCCCCGACUGUGGGAUGAGUUUUGUCAGCCCUGGAAUACUGAACGCGCACCGCAGAAUCCACCAGCCCAGAAUAAUCCACACCACCACCACCGGUGAGCCGUCUCACUACUGCCACGACUGCGGCAAGACCUUCGACACCGCCCGCUACCUCAACAAGCACCGCUUGGUUCACACAGCAGAGAGGACGCACCACUGUUCCCAGUGCGACCGGAGCUUCCUGAGACUCCAGCACCUCAAAGAGCACCAGAGAACCCACAGCGGAGAGAAACCUCACUACUGCUCCGCGUGUGGGAAGGGCUUCACCAAGGUCCGACUGCUCCGGACACACCAGCGGCUGCAUGCCGUGGAGGGAGCCGACGUCGUCGGGGAUGGGGCGGAGACGGGGAUGAAGGAAGCUAGUGGGGUGGUGAUGUCAGCGAUGGGGCGGAAGAGAGCGCUGAGAGUUCUGGCCGGAGUGGACUACUACUACUGCUCUGAGUGUGGGAAGAGCUUCUCCAGUGCGGCCUAUCUUAAGGUGCAUCAGAAGGCUCACACAGGAGGCAAACCAUACCAGUGUGCUCACUGUAAGAAAUCAUUCAGCACAUCGUGGGGUUUAAAGGUUCACCGGCAGAAUCGCUCUGGAGAGAAGCCCUACCAGUGCGCCGACUGUGGGAAGAGGUUCUCGGACCUGCGCAGCCACAAAGCCCACCAGAGCACCCACACUGGAGAGAAACCAUACACAUGCCCUGUCUGUGGAAAAGGCUUUGCCUGGCUAAAGAGCCUACAGAAACACCAGGCCACACACAGCAGCAGUGGUGGUGGAGUCAUAGAAGUACAUAUAGAAUAAUGUAGGAUAUCCUGGAGGGUUUCACUCCAACCCCAAUCUUGCAGGGUAGUUACAACUACAGGACAGGAGGGUAGCUCUCCAGGAACAGAGUUAUAGGAGGGUAGUUACAACUACAGGACAGGAGGGCAGCUCUCCAGGAACAGAGUUAUAGGAGGGUAGCUCUCCAGGAACAGGGUUGGGUUAUAGGAGGGUAGCUCUCCAGGAACAGGGUUGGGUUAUAGGAGGGUAGCUCUCCAUGAACAGGGUUGGGUUACAGCAGGGUAGCUCUCCAGGAACAGGGUUGGGUUAUAGGAGGGUAGCUCUCCAUGAACAGGGUUGGGUUAUAGGAGGGUAGCUCUCCAGGAACAGGGUUGGGUUACAGCAGGGUAGCUCUCCAGGAACAGGGUUGGGUUAUAGGAGGGUAGCUCUCCAGGAACAGGGUUGGGUUACAGCAGGGUAGCUCUCCAGGAACAGGGUUGGGUUAUAGGAGGGUAGCUCUCCAGGAACAGGGUUGGGUUAUAGGAGGGUAGCUCUCCAGGAACAGGGUUGGGUUAUAGGAGGGUAGCUCUCCAUGAACAGGGUUGGGUUAUAGGAGGGUAGCUCUCCAGGAACAG